AUGAAUGUGAGCUCAUUGGGUCGCUCUAAACACCUGCUCAAUACACAGUAUCGGAUGCACCCCUCAAUUAGCUACUUCCCAAAUUCAUAUUUUUAUAACAACCAGAUUUGGGAUUCUCCUGACGUUAAAAGAAGAAUCAACAAAAAUGUCUUUUUGCCAAGAUCUCCAAUAUUCCGUCCAUAUUCUUUCAUCAAUACUCUUGAAGGGAGAGAAGAGUUCAUUGGCCGUAGAUGGAGAAAUAUGGUUGAGGUAGCUGUUGUGAUGAAAAUAUUGCAGAACCUGUACAAAGAUUGGAAUGACUCAAAACAGAAGCUGAGCAUUGGCAUAGUCUCACCUUACAGUGCUCAAGUACAAGCAAUUGAAAAAAAACUUAGAGGUAAGUAUGAUGACUCUGAUGACUUUACUGUAAAAGUGAAGUCAAUUGAUGGGUUUCAAGGUGGUGAGGAGGACAUUAUUAUAAUUUCCUCUGUGAGAAGCAACGAAAGUGGAUCCAUUGGAUUCUUGUCCAAGCCACAGAGAAUCAAUGUUGCACUUACAAGGGCUAGGCACUGUUUAUGGAUUUUAGGGAAUGAAAGAACCUUAACUCAUGGUGAAUCUGUUUGGGAAAUCUUAAUCAAUGAUGCUAAGGAUCGCUGUUGUUUCUUUAAUGCUGAUAAAGAUAAAGCUUUGGCCAAAGCUAUAUUAGAGGCAAAAAAAGAGUUUAAUGAAUUGGAUGAAUUGCUGAAUGCUGACAGUAUACUUUUCAAUCAAAUUGUUUCCUUAAUGAAUUAGAGGCCAAAGUGGAAGGUUGUUUUUAGUGAUAACUUCUUGAAAUCAUUUAAAAGAAUAAUAUCAGACUGGGACAAGAAGUCAGUUAUCAACCUUCUAGUAAAACUUUCAAUUGGCUGGCGACCUAAGAGGAGGAACAUGGAUACUAUUUGCAAAAGCACUUUGCUUAUUAUUAAGCAAUUUAAAGUUGUAGGUCUAUAUAUGUUGGUUCUAGAGAUUUUAAGUGUUUAAAUUUUGGACAAGUUAUGUAAGCAAGAACUAAACAGUAGCUUACUUUGAAGAAGCAGAACACUUGUUUUCGGAAGAAAGCAGGGGAGAUGAAAAAAAAUUUUCUGUA